CAGGUGGAAGUUCAGCACUGUCACCUCCUUGACUAAAUCAUCAGCUCCUGGACCGACAGACAGUCUGUCUGACAGUAGAGACAGAGCUCAGUGUGAGAUGAGAAGAAAGACUUAAUUUAACUCCAGCCAUGCUGAAGCAUCGUUUAAUAAGAACGAGAAAUGCCCUGGUGCGAGAGUGCAUGGCUGAAUUCUUGGGAACUUUCGUCUUGCUGCUCUUUGGUUGCUCUGCUGCUGCCCAGGUGAAGACCAGCAGGGAGACUAAAGGCCAGUUUAUGUCAGUCAACAUGGCCUUUUCUGUGGGCGUCAUGUCAGCCAUGUACCUCAGCAAGGGCAUUACGGGUGCUCAUCUGAACCCAGCUGUGACUCUGAGUUUCUGUGUGUUGGGCGAGGUGCGCUGGGGAAGGCUGGUGCCCUACUGCCUCUCCCAGCUGCUGGGGGCUUAUGUGGCAUCAGGGCUCGUCUACCUGGUGUACUAUGAUGCUAUAAUGGAGUUUAGUGGAGGAGUUUUGACUGUAUAUGGGCCAAAUGAGACAGCAUCUAUAUUUGCCACAUAUCCCGCAGAGUACUUAACUUUGGGCAGAAGUUUCCUCGACCAGGUAGUGGGCACUGGCAUGCUGAUGUUGUGCAUCCUGUGUUUGAAUGAAAAGAGGAACACCCCCGCUCCCCCAGAGCUUAUUCCCGCUAUAGUGGGAGUGAUUGUCCUGGGGAUCACCUUGUCAAUGUCAGCUAACUGUGGCGCUGCAAUAAAUCCUGCUCGGGACCUGGGGCCACGCCUCUUUACACUGACUGCAGGCUGGGGAACUGAGGUCUUCACGUGUUACAACUACUGGUUCUGGGUACCUCUGGUGGCCCCACUUAUCGGAGGUGUUUUAGGUACUUUCAUGUAUUUGAUCUUCAUCCACUGGCACCUGCCUGACCCAGACUCCCCUGAGAACCUCUCCACCCUCUCCACCAUCAGUGACAAGAUCAAAGAGCCAGCCACCACAAUGGAAAAUGGAGUAGAGCUAAAAGCUGCACACUUCUAAAUGUUAUGGUGAUAAAAAAUAUGUCCCACAAGACAAAGCUGGUUUUCAUGUUCAAUACAGACAGUUAAAGACAGUGAUGUGGUUGUAAGUUAUCCUUGAGAAAGCAGAAGCAAAUAUCUGAUCUCAGCCACUGUUGAGAAGCACAAACAUCUUGUGAUAUUCUUUUAGGAAAAUAGCAGGAAUAGAACUUGUUUGUUUGAUCUAUCUAGUCAGCUUCUUAAACACAGCCAGCAGGGGCAGAGACAGCUGAAAGAGAUACUGAUUGUGAGAUAAUACUGAUUACACUGAUGUCUGUAUUCUUCAGAAUAUGAAUUUAUUCUUAGUAAAUUAUAUUAUAUACUUUUUACAAAAUGAAUAUUGAUCUUAAGAGAAACUAAUUUAAUAAAGCUUUACUCUGAACUGCUUCAGCUCAGCCAUAUUCUUAGGAUGCCUGG